AUGUUACGAUAUCUGGAUCAAUCUCUGCGGAUAAGGAGCUUCAGAGUUCGAGCAAACGGACAGAUAUCAAGCGAGAAAAAGAUGGAAACAGGAUUGUGUCAGGGAUCCGUACUCAGCGUAACCCUAUUCCUCAUAGCAAUAGACACAAUCAAAGAGAACCUACCACCAGGAGUCAAGCUGCUACUCUACGCCGAUGAUGUUGUCCUUAUAGCAUCAGGAACAGACCAAAAAGGAGCAACCGCAAAAUUAAGAAAAGCCCUCUUUGAAAUACAGAAAUGGCAGGAUAGUUCUGGAUAUCGCAUUUCAGCAGAAAAAAGCGUUACCGUUGUGUUUAGGAGACAAAAAACGAAAAGAGUGAACGAAGCGAAUAAGUUGCGAUUAAAUAACCAAACAAUUCCACGAAGAAACCAUCACCGAUGUCUGGGAACAAUCCUAGAUGAAUGUCUACAAUUCAAAGUACAUGCGGAAGAAUUAAAAGCAUCCGUCCAGCAACGAUUACAAGUACUGCAGAGUGUGACCAGAAGGAACUGGGGCGGCGACAGAUCUACACUAAUAAAAAUUUACCGAGCGUGUAUAUUGGAAAAACUCCUAUACGCAGCACCGAUAGUAGCAGCAAUGAACGACGCAAACUUAAAAACACUGGAAACAGUUCACAAUCGUGGACUUCGUGCAAUAUGCGGAGGUUUCUACACUAGUCCAAUAGUAAGUCUCCAAGUGGAAACAGGCAUCCCAGGACUCCGGACACUGCUAGACCAAAGAACCGCGAUCUUCACAGCUAAAAAGAUAGCCAAAGAACACUAUAUGGCAGAUCAACAAACUGGUGCCACAGUCAGAAUUGAAUCACCUUCAGAAUCUGAAAACUACAGCGAUAGCGCAAGCAACUUUAGCUCCGGAGAAUUAUGGGAUCAGAGACCAGCGCGGACCCUAAAUACGGUCCUGACCAGGGGAAUGGACAUUCUCAACGAUCUAGCCAUUGACAUACCACCAAUAAGCGUUUUUUCGAACCCAAAUUGCCCUCCGUGGAAUAGAUCGAAACUGCCAGUCGACAAGUUCCUUGUGUCUUGCUUGAGGAACGGGGCAUCGCCUGCAGAACUACGAGCGCAAUUUACAAGCAGAGUAGCUACACGAUAUCGCUUUUACCGUGCUAUUUAUACCGACGGAUCGAAACGAGGCACCAGAUGUGGAUACAGCAUUGUCAGCAGAGAAACAGUCAUUAGAAAACGGAUCAACAACAUGUGCAGCAUAUUCGAAGCUGAAAGUCUAGCAAUACAAGAAGCAUUGUCAUGGGUGGCAAGUCAGGAACGGGUGGGGGCUUACCUUAUAUGUACCGACUCGCUCAGUGUUAUUACCGCAUUAGAGACGUACAAAAUAAAAAGCAAGUGGCGGGACGACAUAGCAACGAUUUAUCGACAGGUAACACUCAAUGGAACAGCUGUACAAUUCUGCUGGGUACCAAGUCACAGCGGUAUUGAAGGUAACGAGAGAGCUGAUAAGGAAGCAAAGGUAGCAUUAGAGCAGCAAGACAUGUUAACCCUGGCGGUUGACAUGAAAGCAGUAAAAAUGGCAAUAAAAACAGCAUUCAUUUGGAAGUGGCAAUCAACAUGGUCAGCGACAAGGAACAACAAACUGAGGGAGAUCAAGAAUACUGUUAUACCGUUCAAGGAAGCUUUUAUCGGCACACGAAGAGAGGAUGUAGCACUGACGAGACUGCGUAUAGGCCAUACCAAAUUUACCCAUCAGUAUCUUCUGGAAAAAGAAGAUCAACCCCGCUGCCAGAGAUGUAAUGCACAGCUAACAGUGAAGCACGUAGUAGUGGAGUGCCCGCUGCUCGACGAUGAACGCAAGAAAGCAGAUGUACCAGCAAAUUUAAGAGAAGC